AUGAAGUUCUCUCUCGCUGCUCUCACUGGUUUCGUCGGCGCCAUUAGCGCUGCCAGCCUCCCCAACGCCUUCACCCUCGUCGCUGAGGGCGGCAAGACCGUCCUGACCGAUGGUCAGAGCGCCUACAUCGGUGCCAACACCACCACCCACGACAUCCUCAUCCUCCGUGGUGGCAGCCCCAACGGCCUCGUUUCCUACACCGCUAAGAACGGUGUCCCCACUGCUUUCCAGAACCUGUACAUUGUUGAGGACCAGGUCGCCCCCGUUGGCCUGACCAUUCCUCACUCUGGUGCCGUUCCCGAGGGCGGCAACCUCACUGGAUUCGGUGUCAACGACAAGGGUCUUUUCACCCACGGCGGCAAGCCCUGGUUUUCCGUUGACGGAUACGGUGACAACCCCGUCAAGCAGAUCUACUGGUACGCUGCUCACAACGCUGAGUACCGCAGUGAGAACCUUUACGUCAAGGAGCUCAAGAACUACUCUGCUUAA